AUGUUCCGUCAAAUUUUAGUGCACCCAGAGGACACCGACCUGCAGCGAAUCCUGUGGCGACCGGACCCCGCCCAGGAGGUGCAGGACUUCCGCCUGCUGACGGUCGUCUAUGGCACCGCGGCGGCGCCUUACUUGGCGCUACGGACUCUCCUGCAGUUGGCCGAGGACGAGGGGCCGUAUUACCCCCGCGGGGCGGACGCCAUUAGGUCCCACUCGUACGUGGAUGAUAUCCUCGCAGGCGGUCACACACUCACGGAAGCAGUGGAGUCCAAGCGGCAGACCGAGGCGAUCCUCGCCGCCGGUGGAUUCGAGCUUAGUAAAUGGGCGUCCAACGCGCCGGAGCUGGGCCCUGUAGCGGACAACGACAAGUUGUUUUGCGACCGCGAGGGGGUUUGCACGCUGGGGGUCCUGUGGAUCCCUCGGGAGGACAGCUUCGCUCUACGCUUGGCUCCCGUCUCGACAGCGCGAACCUGCACCAAGAGAACAGUGCUCUCGGAGGUGGCCCGCUUCUUCGACCCCUUCGGUUGGGCCGCUCCGGUCCUGGUGUACGGGAAGAUCCUUAUCCAGGACUUGUGGAUGGCCGGGCUGCCUUGGGACGAGCCUUUGCCGGACAACCUGAGGACGACUUGGACAGCGUUCGCUGAAACCUUGCCCCAGCUGAACCGGCUGCGCAUACCACGCUACGUGGACUUUCCUGGGCCAGGGGGCGAGGUCGAGCUUCACGGCUUUGCCGACGCUUCCAGCCGUGCCUAUGCCGCCGCGGUUUACCUGCGGUGUGCGACUGCCCCCGGUGGCAUGACGGUCAGGCUCCUGAUCGCCAAAACCAGAGUGGCACCGGUCAAGCGGCCUUCGAUACCUCGUCUGGAGCUUUGCGGCGCGGUCCUCCUCGCUCGACUCAUGCGCAGCACCGCCCGGGCACUGGGUCUUGAACAUGUCCCAGCCUUUGCGUGGACGGAUGCCACCGUUGCGCUGGCGUGGAUCCGGUCCCAUCCGGCGCGCUGGAAGCCCUUUGUCGCGCAUCGAGUGGCGGAGGUGCAGGAUCUUGUGCCUCCUGCGCGAUGGAGGUACGUGCCGACCAGGGACAAUCCAGCCGACGCGGCCACACGAGACAUCUCCUGCGACCCUGGCGGACCUCCACAACUGGUGGUCUAG